GUUUCCACAAGACGCGACGACGUUCAGUCAACGAAACCCCUUGUGCGCCAUCUCUUGGUCGACCUCUUACAGUCUGCUGCUUUACAAAGAUGACGAAGGGUACUUCCAGCUUUGGAAAGCGCCACAACAAGACCCACACCUUCUGUAGGAGGUGUGGGCGCCGUAGCUGGCACAUCCAGAAGUGUUCCUGUGCAGCCUGUUCAUACCCUUGUAAGACCAUUAGGAAAUAUAACUGGAGUGUGAAAGCUAAGCGCAGAAAGACUACUGGUACUGGACGCAUCAGGCAUCUCAGGGCAGUCAACAGGAGAUUCCGCAAUGGAUUCCGUGAAGGCACCAAAGCCAAACCCAGAGCCCGAGGAGCAGCUUCAUCUUAGGAUCUAAUAUGGCCCACUACCGGUUAUCACCAAGAACAGCAAGCAGUAGACAAUAUCUCUCUCUCAAAAAAUGCAAAAGACUCUUCAAAGAACUAUUCCCUUCGUAAGAUGUGAAUAAAUCCUCACAGAAUCACCAA